ACGAUGAGAUGUAAACAUGAACGAAGGAAAGCUGAAAAUUUAUUUUGGAACAUAACAUCCCAUUUUCACCAUUAUUACAGUGAUUCGAACGACGGAAGCAGCUUGCGAAUAUCUUAUGAUGAUGGUGUGGUUGCUGUUUGUAAAUAUUGUAUUGUGGCUGUGAGGACGGGUCGUGAGUCGUGCUUGGGUAGUUCAGUUGGUAAAACACUUACUCUCAAAAGGCAAAGGUCCCAAGUUCGAGCCUCGGUGGCUGCCAGGAAGUUUCAUAUCAGCCCACUCUCCGCUGCAGAGGGAAAGUUUUAUUCUGGAAACUGUUGUAUUAGUUUACUACUGGGUGCACUUGAACGUAAUUGCAUCAUAUUUGGUUAUGGUCCAGCUUUACUCACCGAGUGUGAAAGACAUGGAAUAUUCUGAUGGUGUGAAAUAAAAGACAUUGUAUUCAUGCCUCAUUCCAUUGCUCGCCUAUGUACCCACUUGAUGCUCGACGUUCCUGCCAUGAAGUUACAGCAGCAGCACUGUGUAUUAUGUUUCUGUGUGAGUGUAGUUCUACAGUUGCACCAUUCUGGCCUGCUGGUACAACUUCACUAAGCUGUUCGCAGUACUCUUGCCAUGUCAUCUUGAGUAUAUGCUACAAGGUCAGGUGAGUCAAUCUCCAGACUGUUGCCCAUCUAAUUACUGAAAAGGCUUGUCAGCAACCACAGGUUGAUUCAAAGUACUGGUAGAGCUGUAGCAUUUCAUUUGAAGAAACUUUUCAAGGAGUGGUCCAUGGUGAGCUGAAGGAGAUAAACACAGAAAAUUGACAUGUUCCCAUGUGUACUUACACACAUGGACUAACAUCAGAGAAAAAUAACUCAUAACGCGUAUUUACCUACAUCAAUGGUGUGCAGCCCCCUAUCUAUGUUAGAAAAUUGGAUGGUGACAUAUUUCCCAGUUAUGUAAUCUUGAACAAACCUUUGAGAAUGAAUAGGAAUCAUCAAGUCUCAGCUGCUGGCAAUCAUGGGAAACAUGACUGUGAAAAUGAGCAACAAAUCAAGCAAGAAGUUUCUGUUGUGGAACAAACUGAGAAACAGUAUUCGUCCUCCCAGAAAAUAGAGAAUACUUUGAAGGACUCCUUUAAUGCCAUCUGUAAUGCAAAUACCAUGACACGUGCUGGAGAGAAAGCAGACAGAAGUGAUGAUGACAGCAAUUUAUCUGCAGGUGGUAAUGUCAAGGGCGAUGCCUUUAUCUGCACUUUAAAUAGUGGAUACGGUUGUGGUGUUUGUGGCAAAACAUUUGCACGGGCUAGUGCUUGUAAGAGGCAUACAGCAGUCCACAGUGAUGAAAGACCACACAGAUGUAAUGUUUGUGGACUAGCCUUUGCUCAGGUUAGUGAUAUCGAAAGACAUCGAGCUGUACACUCUGAUGAUAAAAUACACAAAUGCGAAAUUUGUGGCAAAUCUUUUACUCAGUUGGGUUAUCUCAAAAUGCAUGCAUUAAUACACAGUGGAAUGACUCCCCACAGAUGUGAUGUAUGUGGCAAAUUUUUUACUCAGUUGAGUACCCUAAAGAGUCAUUCAUUGGUACACACUCAAAAAGAACCCCACAAAUGUGAUAUCUGUGGCAAAUCUUUUGCUGAGUUUGAUACUUUCAAGGCCCACGCAUUGAUACACACAGGAAAGAAACCACAUAAAUGCGAAAUCUGUGGCAAAUCUUUUGAUGAGCUAUAUUCUCUCAACAGGCACGAAUUGAAACACGCCGGAAAGAACCCAUACAUUUGUGACAUUUGUGGAAAAGAUUUUGCUCUGUUGGGCAGUCUGAAAAGGCACCUUGCAGUACAUACUGGACACAAACCACAUCAGUGUCAAAUUUGUGGAAAAUCAUUUACUGACUUGGGACAUCUCAAGGUCCACGUAGUAAUACACACUGGAGAGAGGCCUCACAAAUGUGAUAUUUGUGGCAAAACUUUUUCCCAUUUGAGCAGUCUGAGGAGGCAUGUAGGAAUACACACAAAUGUGCCACUUGAGGCAAAUAAACUUCGUUAACUGGUGUCUGCAAGGUUCUUACAACAAUGCACAUUGGAGGAGGAUCACACAUUUGUAAUAUGUAGGAAAUCAUUUAUUGGUGCUAACAUUUUGAAGACACGUGUGUUGAAUUGUGAUAGAGGGAGAUCAAAGAAACUGUGACAGCGUUGCAAAUCCCUUAAUACAGUUUGACAUUUCCAGAAGUUGCAGUUCUAACUGCUACAUAGGGGUCAUACAAACAUGACUAUAAUUAAUACUUCAAUGUACCUACUGAAGUUGAGACCAGAACAUGGUUGUUUUGUAAGAAAUCCUUUAUCUACUUUGGGAAUCAUAGGUACCACUCAGUAUUCGGUACGCUUGAUAGGCAAGGAAAUUAUAAGCUGUUUUGUCACUUAGAAUUCAACAAAAGCGUGCAUCUUAAGAAUCUUGAUGCUGUAUAUACUAUGCAAAAAUAUAAUAUUUGUUGUGUAUCAUUCACUUUGGCUAGUCAUCUUAACACUGGUGAAGACCACAGAAGUAGUGCUGUGUAUGUAAGUAAAAUAUAUGUAUGUGUGUACUGUUUGUGGUUAUCAUAUAUUAUAAAAUGGGUGAUAAUGAUAUGCAUCUUCAGAGAAGGAUGGAAGUCAGCUGCUGUUUAUACCCAUACACUACUGUCUUUUAGGGAGCUGUAUUUCAUGUGAAAUGCUUUUUUUUUUUUUUUAAAGCUCUGCUCAUGAUUCAAGGCUCAUAGAGAUUAGUGAGAAUUUUAAUUGCUUUCUUAUAUUUGGAAUAUGAUUUGAUACUGUAUUUUGAAUAAACAUGAGGUUUCCAAAAAUA